UGUGACAAUAAACAUCCCGACCUCAAAAGGAUGUUAUCAAAUUAUGGGCCUGGUGAUGUAGUAACAGAGUAGCAGUGAUACACAGGCACUUCCUGUGAAGGCCGUAUAAACAAUGGCCUCACAAAUUCCUGUAUCACUGGCCACCCAGCACCCAUCUCACUCUCUCAGUCCACACUAAAGUUUAAUUACAUCAACUCAUAUCAGUACUCUAUGUCAUUAAUUAGACUAGUGUCCACACUCCACGACACCUGAGUAUGGCUCGUCAUUAGCGCCAGGUAGAUGUCCAGUGACACUGACCAGUGGUAAAGGCUGCCCCUCUGGGUUAGCUCAGUGUGUGUAUGGUCUCACGGCCCUGAGUUUAUAGCCCAGUGGAAGCCAGUACAGCCAGCCAGCUUUCUCACGCCCCACUGGCUCUGCGCUGCCUGCUAUUGUAGGCAUCAUCUGCAUGUGAAUGGCCGACUUGCCCUGUCCCGAACCAUGUGAUCACAGCCUUGCCUAGCCAGCCAGCCGUGAGGAAAGUGUAUAGCAGUCAAUGUAUGUCUAAGUUAGGAACUACUCAUAACCACUACCAAGUUAGGCCUGAAAACAUGAGUGUUGUGUGUCAACAGUGGAACUGACUUUAGUUGACAGUGCUAGUGUCUAUCCCCCAGUGUACAUGUUUACUUUGUAACUGUACAUGUUUACUCCCAGUAGUGUUAACCAUGAGGGACACCUGUGUCGGAAGUUUACUCGAGGUACCUGUGAUUUUUGGUACUGUACGGAUGUAGUGUAACAGUGAUAUUUUACCCUAACUGUGCCUUGUGUGGAUGUGUCAUGCUCUAGGAUUAAUUCUCUUAAAUUCACUGUGGAUUACUUCAUCAUCUACAAAAUCAAUUCCUCGACACUGCAAAUCUCCGCUUUUGGGUGCAAAACGCUAUGGGAAGUUAGAACCACUGCCUCAAAAUGAAGAAAUUGCGAGCACAUAAAUGCUCCGAACUUGUGCGAUUUCUCCUUGUUUUAUGUGUGUUUGGUUUCCACGGCAUCCACUGUCAAGUUAACAAUGAUGACUGUGCAAACAGCAACUGCAGCAAUGGGUCAACUUGUCGGGACGGAAUCAACACCUAUACCUGUGAAUGUCCCCCUACUCACACUGGCACUUUCUGUGAAACAGAUGUGAAUGAGUGUUUAGUGAUGCCAGGAAUAUGUAAGAACGGCGCCACCUGUAUGAACACACCAGAUUUUGACUAUACCUGCAUCUGCGUCAAUGGCUGGGCUGGACAAGACUGCAGCAUCAACAUCGACGACUGUCAAACCCAGCCCUGUCUCCACAACGGAACAUGUCACGACCAUGUUGGCUACUUCACUUGUACCUGUCAACCCGACAAAACAGGUCUGCGCUGUCACAUGAAUAAUGCCUGUGUGUCGAACCCAUGCCAGAACAACGCCAUUUGUGAGGGUUCCCCCAUGGACGGUCAAUACCGGUGUGUCUGCAGACCGGGAUGGACUGGUGCUACAUGUGAAACGGACCUCAACGAGUGUGAAGAUGCCUCUAUGGUCAUCUGUGAGCAUGGCGGGACUUGUCAGAACACUCAAGGCAGCUACUACUGUGACUGUCGCCAGGGAUUCAGUGGCCCCUUAUGUGAGGAAAACAUCAAUGAGUGUAUUUCCAAUCCCUGUAAGAAUGAUGGUACAUGUCUUGACAAGAUGGGCAGCUAUAUCUGUGUCUGCAUGCCAGGGUAUGCUGGCUCCAUGUGUGAGGUGGAGAUUGACGAAUGCGCCACAGACCCAUGUCGUAACGGUGGUACUUGUGAGGACCAGAUCAACAAGUUCCGUUGUUUCUGUCCAGCAGGUUUUACCGGCACUACCUGCAGCCUCAACAUUGACGAAUGCCUGAGUAACCCUUGUGUAAACGGCGCUAUUUGUAAUGACACCAUUGACGGAUAUAUCUGCAACUGUUUGCAUGGAUUCACUGGGGACCGAUGUGAACAUGAUAUUGAUGAGUGUGCUGGCAUCAAUUGUCACUACGGUAACUGUGUGGAUCUCCAAGGCAACUACCGGUGUGACUGUUACCGUGGAUACACAGGCAAGCACUGUGAUAUGGACAUUGAUGAGUGUGAGGCAUCCCCAUGUCAAUAUGGUGGAACAUGUGUCCAACUCCGAGAUGGUGGCGGUUACGAUUGCCAGUGUCCACUUGGAACCUCAGGUCUGAACUGUGAGAAGAAUCACAAUGAAUGUGCUAACAACCCCUGUUUAAACGACGGAAUCUGCCAGGAUGGCAUCCACUCCUACUCCUGUACCUGUGAACCAGGCUAUACAGGGAAGAACUGUGAGAUUAACAUUGACGAGUGUGCCUCCAACCCAUGUCACAACUCGGGCAGGUGUGUGGAUGGUAUAAACGGAUUUCACUGUAACUGCCCAGCAGGUUACUACGAUGAGCAGUGUUUGUCAAAUAUAGACGAGUGCAACAGUAACCCCUGUCUCCAUGGCGGUCGAUGCAAGGAUGGUGUCAACAGGUUUGACUGUUUGUGUCCUGAUGGGUAUGAGGGAGCUCGAUGUGAGUCGCAGAAGAAUUACUGCCAGUCCAAUCCAUGUCAGCAUCGUGGUACAUGUUUGAAACUCCUUGGCGGCUACACCUGUCAAUGCCUGGCCGGUUACACAGGUAUCAACUGUGAGAUAAACAUUGAUGAGUGUCGCAGUAACCCAUGUGUUCACGGUAGCUGUAUUGACCUGGCCAACAGCUAUCAAUGUCACUGUCAGGUACCCUGGACUGGCACCAACUGUGACAAGAAAAUGGAUCCCUGCAGCUCCAACCCCUGUACCAAUCAUGCCACGUGUACCAACGACUAUGACUACAACGACUUCUCAUGUAGCUGUCAACCCGGCUACACAGGUCGCUACUGCCACCAGGAUGUUAAUGAGUGCGAACACUCGCCUUGUACUAAUGGUUACUGUACCAAUACCGUGGGUUCCUUCAACUGUACUUGUCGUGUGGGUUUUGAGGGGAAGUACUGCGAGCUCGACCACGAUGAUUGCUUCCCGGACCCAUGUAUGAAUGGUGGCACAUGCUUUGACAAGACUAACGAAUACACUUGUGUGUGUCGUAAGGGCUAUACCGGCACCAAUUGUGAGAUAGAGAUCAAUGAGUGUAAUUCCAACCCUUGUCAAAACCAGGCCGUUUGCACAGAUUAUGUUGACUCCUACGUCUGCUCCUGUCGUGCAGGAUUUAGUGGUGUCCACUGUCAGAACAAUGACGAUGACUGUACAUCCAGCUCCUGUCUACAUGGCGGUCACUGCAUUGAUGGCAUCAAUGACUACAAGUGUAUGUGUGAACCAGGUUACACUGGCUCCAACUGUCAACAUCGCAUCAACCCUUGCGAUUCCAACCCCUGUAUGGACGGUGGUACCUGUGAUAACCAGGGCUCUGCCUUCAAGUGCUACUGCCCCUAUGGCAUGACAGGACCUCGUUGUGAGGCUUUUGUUGACUGGUGCACUGACAACCCAUGUAGGAAUGGCGCCACCUGUUCACAGGAGGCACACUUGUACAAGUGUUUAUGUUCGCCAGGCUGGAAUGGAGCAAGGUGUGAUAUCAGUGCCGUCACUUGUCGCGCUGCAGCCAGCAUAAAAGGUGUCCCUGUAACAGAUCUUUGCGAAAAUGGAGGUAUCUGUGUCAACGUAAAUAAUAGCCACAGGUGUAAAUGUAGCCCAGGUUAUGAAGGCAGCUACUGUGAAGAUGAUAUCGACGAAUGUUCAUCGGCGCUCUGUCAAAAUGGUGGAUCAUGCCAUGACCAUGUGGGGAACUACGAAUGCACCUGUCCAAAUGGCUUUAUGGGUGCUAACUGUGAGGCGAAUAUAAACGACUGUGCCAGCAAUCCGUGUGCCAAUGGUGGUUCAUGUCACGAUCUGAUUGCAGACUUCCAGUGCUCUUGUCCACGCGGCACCCGGGGCUUGCUGUGUCAGUAUAACGAGGAGGACUGUUACACGGGAGCAUGCCAUCACAAUGGAACCUGUGUGGACAAGGUCAGUGGCUUUGAAUGCAUAUGUCCCCAAGGAUUUGUUGGUGAGCAUUGUGAAGGUGAUGUGGACGAAUGUCACAAACUAAUGCCUUGUGACCCUGUUGGAACCUUCAGCUGUGUCCAGCUAAACAACGACUACCGCUGCGACUGUAAGCCAGACUACACUGGGCGACACUGCGCCCAGCCAAUGAACUUCUGCAUGCCCAAUCCCUGUCAGAAUGGAGGAACCUGCACAAAGGCACAGCAUAGCUACCAAUGUGCAUGUACUGGGGGCUACUUUGGAGACGUAUGUGAGCUGAGUGCCUGUACAAGCUCUCCUUGUCAAAACAAUGGUAUUUGUAUACCUGGUAUUCAUGGUUUUGACUGCAUGUGUGAACAAGGAGUGACUGGCGACCGCUGCGAGAUUGAUGAGGUUGAUGAGUGUGUGUCAUCACCGUGUCAGCGAGGAACCUGUCUGGAUAGACCAGGUCGCUACGAGUGUGACUGUCCUGUCCGCUACACUGGAGUCAAUUGUCAUGUUUACGACCCUUCAUCCCCUGGAGGCAUUGGGACCAGCCCCAUUACCACGCCCACACCCAAUGGGGGCUCUUCCUCCUGUCCAAUGGCAGAAUGUGCUGAUAAAGCUGGUGAUGGAAUAUGUGAUAAAGAGUGUGCUAUUGUGGACUGCGAAUUUGACGGUGGUGACUGUUCGUUAGGUUUCCUGAAGUUGUGGCAAAGGUGUUCACAGCCACGCAAUGGUGUGGCCUGCUACAAUGUUUACAAUAACUCCCAGUGUGACCAGGGUUGUAACAAUCCAGACUGUCUGUUUGAUGGUGGGGACUGCAAGGUGAAGGAGCCCUGCAACCCCAGCUACAAUCUGUACUGUGAAAAACACUACAAGAACGGACAUUGUGAUGCCGGCUGUAACACUACAGCCUGCAACUGGGAUGGCGGAGACUGCAGUAAGAAACCAAAAAUCCUUCCAGGAACAAUGGUACUCAUUGUCAUGAAGACGCCUGAAGAAUUUCUUCAAAACUCAUCAAAAUUCUUGAGAAUUCUGGGACAGCUUCUCCAGAUAAUUGUCAAAAUAAAGUUGUCAGAAACUGGAGAGAAAAUGGUGUAUCCAUGGAAACCUAAACCAGACAGUACAUUCUCUCGAGCAAAGAGAUAUGCAUUGAUGCGUUCACUGCGGUCCGUUCCUGAUGAUGAAUAUAUUGGGAGUGAAGUACACUUAGAGCUGGAUCGCAGUCUGUGUCUGGCCAAGAACUGUCUCAGUUCUGUGGAUACUGCAGCAGAGGUGCUCGUAGCCUCCAUACAAAAUGGCUGGACCCCACUUGUACCCAUCCGACAGGUACAAGUUCUUGAUCAAAUCCGCCCUACAACACAGACACCCGUUGAAAGCAGCAUUAUUGCACCUGUCGUUGCUGCAGUUUGUGCAUUGCUUAUCCUUACCUUUAUCAUCGUCGUCGUGCUGUCCAGAAAGAGAGCCUCUGGUAACACUUGGUUCCCAGAAGGAUUCUUCACAACCGCUAGCAGUACCCAAAAGGACACAACCAACUCCUCCAAACGCAGAGUUCCUGAUGGGGAGGAGGGAAAGAAUAUGAAGGGACUAUGCGAUGGACUUGACCACCAUGGCUGUACCUCACCCCCUUGGGACACAGAUGACCAGUCGCCCAAGACCAAACGGGUCAAGCUUGAGCAGGAAGAUUCGGAGUAUGACCGAGCCUCAGACAUGCGUCCCUGGACCCAGCAACACUUGACAGCCGCUAACAUCCCCAAUGAUAUGGCCUUGACCCCUCCAGAGGACCAUAGUGGAGUUAAGGAUGUGGACGUGCGAGGUCCUGACGGCUUCACCCCACUCAUGCUAGCAUCGUUUCGUGGCGGGGGUCUGGACUCAGGUGUGGAUGAUGACUCGAGUGGAUCAGGAUCUGGAGAGAGUGGCGAUUCCGAGGAUCGCUCCGUUGAUAUUAUCACAGGGUUACUUAUGCAAGGUGCUGCAAUCAAUGCCCAGACUGACCGCACAGGAGAGACGUCAUUGCAUUUAGCAGCUAGGUAUGCAAGGGCAGAUGCUGCAAAAGUUUUAUUAGACGCUGGAGCUGACCCAAACUCAGAAGAUAGCACGGGACGACGCCCUCUUCAUGCUGCUGUCGCUGCUGAUGCUCAGGGUGUUUUCCAGAUUUUAUUACGUAACCGCUCCACCCACCUCAAUGCUAAGAUGAAUGAUGGCACAACGCCCAUGAUCUUGGCUGUACGUCUUGCAACCGAGGGCAUGGUAGAGGAACUCAUUAACGCUGAGGCUGAUAUUAAUGCCUCAGAUGAAUAUGGUAAGACAGCGUUACACUGGGCCGCAGCAGUCAACAACGCCAACGCUGCACAAGUGUUGUUACAACACGGCGCCAACCGCGACGCUCAGAACGCCAAGGAUGAAACUCCACUGUUCUUAGCAGCAAAGGAAGGAAGUUUUGAAACAGCCAAGAUUCUUUUGGAUCAUUUCGCAAAUCGUGAUAUAACAGAUCAUAUGGACAGACUUCCAAAAGACAUAGCUCGUGAGCGUCUCCAUCAGGAUAUUCUACAGCUUCUGGACGAAUACCCUGUAAACAGUCCAAAUGUGUCAAUGCAUGGUAUGCCAACAUCACCAAAUCAUCUUCAUUAUAUGCCACAGAAACACUCAAAACCAAAGUCACGGAAAAAUAAAAAUAGCAGUCCGGGCCAUCCUAUAUCUCCUAAUGGAGUUUCCAAUGGACAUACAAAGAAAAGUCGGCCCAAAAAGAAACCAGCAAAAAGUGCUAACAGUAAUCGUGUGCCUCGCAAUAGUGAAGGGUCUUCAGUAGGCACAGUGUCCCCCGGAAACCCUAUUGAGUCACCACAGGUGUAUGAGCGGACACCACCAUCCUAUGACAGUAUGUACGGUAAAUACAGCCUUCCCCUGCCCCAGGGGGUAAUGCAUGACCCAAAUAUGUUAGGGAGUGGCCAGUUUGACCAGGCAAUGGAACAAUCAGAGGUGUUGUGGCACCAGGGCCACAUGCAAAACCCCCAUGGGGGGCCCCUGCCCACACCACCUCACAACCCCAAUGUGGGGCCACUUCCAACACCACCUCACAAUCCUCAUACACUGCCACAGGCCACAUCACCACAUAGUAUACCCGUCUCCAUUCCGACGCCUCCAAACAGUAUGCAGUCAAAUGGAAGCCCUGCCCAUGACAAGAUAUCACCCAUGAAGAAAACCUACCCAACAUCCCCAACACACAUACAGGCAAUGCAGCAACGAGCUCGGCAGGAGCGUGCUCAUGACAGCCCACUGAGUAGGCAAAAUGAACAAUUCUCAUAUCAAAAUACAAAUGUGGUUGAGAACAUUCCAGUGACAGCACUAUACACAGACAGUUAUGGGCAGUCGUCUGGUCAGCAUCACCAAACAAAGUACCUUGACCAAUAUCCCACACCCCCCUCCCAACACAGCAUGGAGUCCCCACCCCAAAUCAUCCAUGCGCCACUCACAGAUCAUCACUACCUAACCCCUUCACCAGACUCUCCAGGCCAGUGGUCAAGUUCUUCUCCGCACUCCAUCUCAGACUGGUCAGAAGGUAUUUCAAGCCCUGACCAACCUCUACAGAACCGGAGCAACAAACCAGUGUAUAUCUAAGUGUGUGGCCAUAUGUUGUAGUGCUCGUGUCUCCUAAAGGUGUAAUAGUGACCGCUGAUGGUGUAGUUAUGAAACCAAAUAUUUACACUGACCUAUGGUCAAUACAACAGUACUCAGCAAAUGUUGAGACAGUGGUGACUUUUCCCAAAUACUAUUAUCUGUGUGUGGUAAGAUGUGGGGAAAACUAAUCAUAGGAUGUGUGCUCUCCGUACUAGAGGACAAGGGAAAACUAGUGGUUUAGGACAAGCACAUCCUAGGUGGAACCAGUAGCCCUACUGGGUUAUAGGGCAGUGUGUAUUGAACCAAGUGUACUGCCAUCUUAAAAGAUGUACAGUUUGGAACCGCAAGCAUGCUCAGAGAUGUUAAAUAGUGUUCAGUGUGCUAGCAGUCCAAACCUCCGAUCCUGUGGAUCUCUUGCAUUUAAACUUGUUUGUCUGUCCUUCAUAAGGAGUCAGAACAUUUUUAAUUAUGUGUCUCCCCUACCCUGGGAUGUAUAACUGGGAGUUACAGAAUGACCUGCGUCUCCCCACUGGGAUUGGCAGGACUAAAUGGGACCAUUCAUCGUCAUUAUCACAAUCCUCUAUGUAGACAUGUGUUGAGGCAGCAGUGACUGCCAUACAGAGGUGUAAUAUAUAUUGUCAGCAUUUUAAACAUAUGUCAGUGUACCACUUUUUUUUAUUCAAAUGGUUUAGAUUGUCAUUUCCACUACUACACUGUCAAAGUUGUUGAACCUUUAAAUAUUGAGGUUUGUUUUACAGAAAUUUGUUUCCAAUUUUGAUGGAUUUUUUUUUCUUAGAAGGAAUUAAGAAGACAGUGUUUUUACUUUGAAAGUGUUUGUACAAUUGAUUAUAUUGGAAUCUGUAAUAGUGAGAUUGAUGCCCUCAUUCACCCUCCCAAAUCCCCACCGGUGGGUUACUAUAGAGGGUGGCCACUAGGGGGCAUCCUAUCGGGUGUAUAAUUGCAAGUAGUCUAUAAAUAGAUAUGACAAGUGCAUGCUGAUGUCCAGUCAGAUUUCUGCACUCAUUCCGCAAUUGUAGGUAAAUAUAGCCAUGUGAUCUCAGUCGAAAAUAUUACAUCUAUUGUACAUAGUUAUUUUUGUAAGUUUUCUACACAGUAAUGUCCAGAAAUGUCUUUCUGACUUUUAGCCAGAAGUCAUCUCAUCCCCAUUUACCAUUAUUUGUCGCAAUGUGAACAAAUCUAAGGCAAACCAAAGACUCACCAGAGUUGUCCAAGACAAUACUAGAUUAUAUUGUACUCAUGUGUGGUGAUGUUUUUUCAGUUUUUUGUUAAAUUCUGUUUUCAGAUAUUAAAAUUCUAUAUUUUUAAGACCAAAUAAUUGGCUGAAUUACUGAAGGAUUCAACAGGAAUAUGAUAGCUUUAAUAUAACAGUCCUCUGUCACUGCUAUUUUCUCCCACAGAGCAGUUAAUUGUUUAUGUAUAGUAUCUUUAUACCUUUGUGCAUUAAAGUGCUAUAAAUUAGACUACAAAUAAAGAUAAGAUAAUUCUCUACAAUCCUGGUAAUCCACGGUACACUAAUGAUGGGAAGGGGUCAACCCUUUAUGUGGUUUGAUCUGAUUCCAGAGUUUAAAGGCACCCUCACAAACUUCACGAAUAACUCGGAUAUACAAUUCCAAACCUCUAGGACCAACUCUCUACUAAUGACUGUAAAAACAGAAAUGUUUCUCCGUUUUCUUUUCACUCGUGACCAAAAAGGUGAAUUUGACAUGGAGCAAAUGUUGUGAUAUGUCAUUUUAAAACAAUGGGAUAAUGAAUUCAACGCAGGCAAAUUUGUUUAAAAGGCCUGGUUUACAGAAAGUAAAUAUAUGGUGCUAUAUAUUCCACAGCCCAGGUCCCAGACCCUAAGUUAUCUUCGAAAACAUCGAAACGGUAAACAAUAUUGAUCAUAUUAUAGAAAUACGAUAGACAAACAAAAGGUUAAAUAUUCAUGUGGCUUAUUCUUUCAUCAAAUUGUCAUUACCAUACAGGAAUGAGUGUUAAGAGAAAUGUUUGAAUCGUUUUGUAUUGGGGCAUGUUUGUGAUAACACUAUUUAUCAUGUGGGCGUUUCUGGGUGUGUGUAGGGCUUGUGUAAAGGAAUCGCCUAUCCCAAACAUCAUACAGAUACUAAUAUCAGUAAAGAAAUAUUGCAAAGGUCAAGUUGGUGCAUGUUAUAUAAAAUGAAAUGCUUUAAUGUUUGUUUUAUAGCAAUGAAGUGAACCCCUGAAAAAGUCCUCAAACGUUCCCUCACACCAACACUUCUAAAGGUCGUAACCCUUGACAGCGGUCACAACAUGGUGGACAUUAUACUUGUUACCACCGCAAAACUACAUUUUUAUAUGUAUUUUUUUAUCAUAAAGCAAAUUACAUUGAUAUUGUAUUUUAAUAAAAUUCUGCAAUUUAUUUUGAAAUGCUUUUUAUGAGUUGAAGCCCACCGUUAAUUUUGAUAUGGUUUAUUACAAUACCCAGUCCAUAUAGAGCUGGAGUGUGGAUGGGCUACAAAAACAUACUUUUUUAUCUUAUGACUUUAUAGCAAGUUUUAAAUGAAAUGUGUUUUUAUAUAUUUUCACUAGCAUGAAAUAUGUAUUAUAAUGAUGAAAUGAUGAAUUUCUUCAAAUAUCGAGAGAUUUAUUACGAAAAAGUAUUUGUUACAACUAUUCUAGUUAUGUGUUUGUCACUGUAACACAGAUUUGUGUUAUUAGUGUUUAGUUAUGUGCCAUGAACAAAGAAAGCAGUGUAUCGGCUGUUUAACCCCUAGUAGAGGACACUUCUGUCUGUCCUUACUCAAACAUUGUAACAUUAAAUAUUACAAAGACUAUUAUGUUUUUUAAUUUAUAAAAGUACCAUUUCAUACAAUUAAGACAUUAAGAAUAUGAUGCACUGGCUUAGAAAGUUAUCACUCUCUUUAAAAUAAGGUUGAAUCUGGACUCAAAUAUUUAGGAUCUCAUUUU